CAUUUGGAAUUAAGAAGCAGCAACUGCUGUCCGGCUAAUUGGUAGAGAAAUUGACAACGUAGCCAAAAACAAGUGUAAAUACUAAUUUAAAAAUGUUUAACAUACAAACUCAUAUGGACUAUGAAGGUCAGCACAAAGCUGAGAAAUUCUCGCGCUUUAUCAUUACGCUUUUCGGCAUUGUCGGACUCAUUUGGGGAGCAAUCAUUCAACAGUUUUCACAAACUGUUUACAUUCUAGGUGCUGGAUUCAUAUUGGCAUCAAUAAUAACCAUACCGCCAUGGCCACUUUACCGCCGCCACCCAUUGAAUUGGCAAAAACCACGUAAUAUCGAACCACCUGCAAGCAGCGGGGAUGAGGGCAAGAAAAAGAAGAAAUAAACACUGGUGUUUGCGGUAUAUAAUAAAUUCCAUUUAUAGCUUUUAGAAAAAGAAUUUGUGUAAGUUUAGAGAAACAACAAACUAAAAAAACUAAAUCCGAAACUUAAUAUUUAAACCGAAAAAA